GUACUUCCAAUACGCAGAAGUAUGGAACUGCAGAAACUAGGAAAAAGGGAAAAUCUGUAUUCAGAACUCAGAAGUAAGUGAAGGAGGAAGCUUGUUUGUCGUUGAACAUUGAUCUGUACAACAAAAAUAAUAUCGUACAUUUGAAAAUUGAAAAAUUUUAAUAAACUCCUUUUCCACUGUUAUAUAGAAUUUAAUUUUGCCAAAACCGAAUUUGAAAUGGUAAUAGAAUGCAAUAAAAAAGAACGAGAAAAACUUUUCAGCCAGUCUAAUGGUGCAUUAUUACCGGGGUACACUGGCCAUUGUCCGACAUUGAAAUUUCGGUUUGGGAAACGAUAUGGAGCUAAUACUUUAGACAUUAUUCAGGAACUUCGUGAGAAAGGAGUGUUAAAACAAUGUGAUUUAAAAAAUGUGUACCUGAGAGAUAGUCCAUUAGAUGAAUUACCUCCAAAACCAAUUACAAGUGAUUUAAAAAUUAAUAUUGACAAAGAACAAGAAACGAUCAAUAAUUAUCAAAGAUAUAUUUUAGGCUAUACCGGAUAUAUACCUGGGAUGCAUUUUCGGUAUGGCAAAACUUUUUGUAGACUUGCUCAAGAAUGUGAAGACAACAUGCUUGUCAAAUUAUCGUCAGAACAAAGUCGAAAAGCUAUCGAUAGACCUGUUCGUUUUUUGCCUCCAAAAAUGGUUCCAGAUAAAGCCAACAUGCGUCUACAACAUACUUUGAAUAAAUACAAAAGAAGCAAAGAUUUUAAAGAUCAUAAAGUGUCUUCUGAAUUGCCACCUAUAGCUGGUUAUACAGGUCAUAUUCCAAGACUCAAAGUAUCUAAUAUUUCAGUGAGUCUACCUUUUCAUCACUCAGCCAAACUUGGAUUGUCGGUCUUGAAACAAGACAACGGAAAUGCUGUCAAACAACACACUAGAUAAUUU